UAAAAUUGACACCAGUCAGCAUUAAUCAACAAAAGAACAUAAACAUUACUCUUUUUACCUCAUAUCCCUAAAAACUACAUUUUAUUAAUAGUAAUCAUGUAGCGACUAUAAAAAGACAUAAAAUGUAGCACAUACACAGAAUAAUGUAUAAAUCUCAGAACUUCUAGAAGUUACCAUGGAUUAUAACCAGAUAAAAAAAAUAGACGAAGAGUCUCUUCAACAAUUGACGGAAGGCAGCGGACCAAGCGACAAGUGCAUUUGCGGCCUGCUUUCUAACCAAGAAGACCAGGGAAUCAAGGCAUCCAUUAAACGAGCAUUAUCUUCUUUUAAACAAGGAAAGAAGGAAAGAAAUAUCAAAGGGAAUAGUGUUGUAAUACCAUUGUCUUCAUUGGGAAAAGGAGGUAGAGGACAAAAGUCUAUUAAAGAAGUAGUGAAACGCAAGACCUCCUGUGGAAAAUGCGGUUGUGAUGAUGAAAAUAUUGUGCUGAAACAUUCCUAUGCUAAUAUACGUAUCACAACACCUGACGUGUCGUCGUUCUGUCCCUGUCCAAGCAGCUGUUUGCCAGACCGUGAGAAGUUCCAAAACAACAUCAAAGUAACUAUAGAGAGAGUUCAGAUUCUAGACGUGGACUCCACAGACUCCGAGUUUAACCUUUAUCAAGACAAAGAUGACGAGGUGGUGAAGGAACCACCUAUCGAAAGGAGAUCCAUAUCCUCACUGAUCGAUGCUCAGUUUACAAAAGACUAGCAGAGACAGGCUAAAGUAAAAAGUAAUUGAACCUUGGGUACUCAUCAUGUUACGUGUGUGCUAUAAAACUAUGAUUAUGGUAUUAUGAGUGUUAAAUAGCACUAGUAAGUGAUUUAUAAGGGGUAAAUACAAUUACUAUAUUCUAAGAGUAAUAUCGGCAACAAAAAGAACCGCAACUAUUGUCAUAAUAUAUUGCUGAUAUUAAAGUUUAACAUAAAUCGUUC